AUGCCCACUUCUGCUAUAGAUGACCUUGUUCACAACAUACUUGCUGAAGUCGUUUCUACGAUUAUGAGUACCCCUGCAUCACCUACACUUGUCAAUGGAAUACCCUCCCGAACACAGACACCCUUCAUCCACGCUUCAUUGCCUUCACCUUCGAUCGAACUCAGUCACGCAUCGGACGAACAAGAAUUUGCUACACGUCUGAUCUCGGCCAUCCAUACCCCCGUCGACUUCACAGAUAUUCUCAUCGCCCUACGAAAUCGCCCGCAAGAUCGACAAGCGGUGGUUUCUAUGCAACGAGCAUUAGAAAUGGUCGAGUGGAUGCAGACGGCCAGACAAGAGCUCAUUGCAGCAGAGGAGAGGACGAGUAGAGCCCGAACCAGAGUCGACCAAGUCUGGUCUCUGAUGUGCAGUACAGUCAGUCGUACAGCACAGGAGAUCUGGAGGGAGCAUGAGGACGAAGACAUCGGGCACAUCCUCGGAUACACCACUGAUGGGAGACCCGCAUCCACUCCUCGUUCAUCACCAGAACCAAUUCCUGUUCGACCUCACCCCCCUCGUUCACACGUACCUACAGUCAUCCCUAUCGUGAUGGACGUACAUAUGAACAAGGACCACGAACUGGCCGAAGGAUGUGCUACAGAUGUGGAAGUGAUCAUUAUGUCCGGGACUGUCCCUGACGACGAUAAAGACUACAAAUAUUUGUGGGACAAGAAACGUUAG